GUUUGAGAGUUACCUGGGAAAAUAGACAAAUAAACGAAAUACUACACACAAUUGCAUAAAACUUGGUUUGGACGCUGCAGUCGUUGCGUAAACCGGCAAAAUGGCUGAAGCGGAAGGUGGCUCCGAGCAGGAUGAUGUCUCAUUCCUGAGAACGGAAGAUAUGGUCACGCUUUCCUGCACAGCAACUGGAGAACGUGUCUGCUUGGCCGCUGAGGGAUUCGGUAACCGGCAUUGUUUUCUCGAAAAUAUUGCCGAUAAAAAUGUACCGCCUGACUUGUCCCAAUGCGUUUUUGUCAUUGAGCAAGCCCUAUCCGUGCGUGCGCUUCAAGAACUGGUGACAGCAGCUGGAUCAGAGACCGAUAGUCAAGUUGGUAAAGGCACUGGAUCUGGCCAUAGAACACUACUCUAUGGCAAUGCCAUACUUCUCAGGCAUCACAACAGCGAUAUGUACCUCGCCUGCUUGUCAACCUCAUCGUCGAAUGAUAAGCUCUCCUUCGACGUGGGCCUGCAGGAGCAUAGCCAGGGUGAGGCCUGUUGGUGGACCGUCCAUCCGGCCAGCAAACAGCGUUCAGAAGGUGAAAAGGUUCGUGUCGGCGAUGAUUUAAUUCUGGUGUCCGUUGCCACCGAACGGUAUCUGCACACAACGAAGGAGAACGAGCAGUCCAUUGUGAAUGCCAGCUUCCAUGUGACCCACUGGUCCGUGCAGCCAUACGGCACUGGCAUAUCACGCAUGAAAUAUGUCGGCUAUGUGUUUGGUGGAGAUGUCUUGCGUUUCUUCCACGGCGGCGACGAGUGCCUGACCAUACCCAGUACGUGGGGCCGUGAAGCAGGUCAAAACAUUGUCAUAUACGAGGGAGGCGUGGUCAUGGCACAGGCGCGUUCUCUGUGGCGUCUGGAGUUGGCGCGCACCAAGUGGACGGGCGGCUUCAUAAACUGGUACCAUCCCAUGCGUAUACGUCAUAUAACAACGGGACGCUAUUUGGGCGUCAACGAUAGCAACGAGCUUAUCCUGGUCAAAAAGGAGGAGGCAUCGAUUGCAACGACGACUUUCUGCCUGAGGCAAGAAAAAGACGACGAAAAGAAAGUACUCGAGGACAAAGACUUAGAAAUAAUCGGCUCGCCGAUCAUCAAAUAUGGUGACACUACGGUCAUUGUACAGCAUUGUGAAUCCAGCCUGUGGCUCAGUUACAAGAGCUACGAGACAAAAAAGAAGGGUGUCGGCAAGGUGGAGGAGAAACAGGCCAUUUUGCACGAAGAAGGCAAAAUGGACGAUUGCCUGGACUUUUCGCGCUCGCAGGAGGAGGAAUCAAAGACGGCACGCGUCAUCCGAAAAUGUAGCAGCCUCUUCACUCAGUUCAUAACGGCCUUGGAAACUUUGCAGUCCAAUCGUCGGCAUUCAGUUUUUUUCCAAAAAGUUAACCUUAAUGAGAUGGUCAUGUGCCUGGAAGAUUUAAUCAACUACUUCUCGCAGCCAGAAGAUGAUAUGGAACACGAGGAGAAACAAAACCGUUUUCGUGCCUUGCGCAAUCGCCAGGAUCUGUUCCAGGAAGAGGGCGUGCUCAAUCUCAUACUGGAGGCCAUUGACAAGAUAAACAUUAUUACCUCGCAAGGCUUCUUGGCCAGUUUUCUGGCCGGCGAUGAGACCGGCCAGAGUUGGGAUUUAAUCUCCACGUACCUGUACCAACUGCUGGCCGCCAUCAUCAAGGGCAACCACACGAACUGCGCCCAGUUUGCAAACAGCAAUCGCCUAAACUGGCUCUUCUCCCGUCUGGGCUCACAGGCGUCCAGUGAAGGAUCCGGCAUGUUGGAUGUGCUACACUGUGUGCUCAUCGACUCUCCGGAGGCGCUGAACAUGAUGCGCGAUGAGCACAUCAAAGUGAUUAUAUCGCUGCUAGAAAAGCACGGACGUGACCCCAAAGUUCUCGAUGUCCUCUGCUCUCUAUGUGUGGGUAACGGAGUUGCAGUGCGCUCUUCGCAGAAUAACAUAUGCGAUUUUUUGCUGCCCGGCAAGAAUCUACUGUUGCAAACAUUGCUGGUCGAUCAUGUGGCGAGUAUACGGCCCAAUAUCUUUGUUGGCCGCGUCGACGGCUCCUCCAUGUACCAGAAGUGGUAUUUCGAGGUGACCAUGGAUCACAUUGAGCAAACAACGCACAUAAUGCCCCACCUACGCAUUGGAUGGGCCAAUACGUCCGGCUAUGUGCCCUAUCCCGGCGGCGGUAAGAAAUGGGGCGGCAAUGGCGUCGGCGAUGACCUCUACUCAUUUGGCUUCGAUGGCGCCCACCUGUGGACUGGCGGACGCAAAUCGCUUGUCGUGGAUGCAUUGCCCGAAGAACCGUUCAUCAGGAAGGGUGAUGUCAUUGGCGUCGCCAUAGAUCUGUCCGUGCCAGUAAUAACGUUCACCUUUAAUGGCGCCAAGGUACGCGGCUGCUUCAGGGAUUUCAAUCUGGAUGGCAUGUUCUUCCCGGUGAUGAGUUGCUCAUCCAAACUGAGUUGCCGCUUUCUGUUUGGUGGUGAUCAUGGUCGCUUGAAGUAUGCACCACCUAUGGGCUUUUCGGCGCUCGUACAGUGCCUGAUGCCUCAUCAGAUUUUAAGCCUGGAUCCUUGCUUCUACUUUGGUAAUCUAAGCAAAAACGUAUUGGCCGGACCCUGGCUCAUCGAGGAUGAUACACCCUUUGUGCCUAAGCCCGUGGAUACGACAGGCGUUUCCCUGCCAAGCUCUGUGGACCAAAUUAAGGAGAAGCUUGCAGAGAAUAUACACGAAAUGUGGGCCUUAAAUAAAAUCGAUGCUGGCUGGACCUGGGGCGAACAUCGAGACGACUAUCAUCGCAUACAUCCCUGCCUCACCCAGUUCGAAAAACUGCCAGCUGCUGAGAAGCGCUAUGACAAUCAACUAGCGGUCCAAACAUUAAAAACCAUUAUUUCGUUGGGCUACUAUAUAACCAUGGAUAAGCCGCCGGCACGCAUACGUCCCGUCCGCCUGCCCAACGAGAUAUUCAUGCAAGCCAAUGGCUACAAGCCGGCACCGCUUGACUUAAGCGCCGUGACGCUGACGCCAAAGCUGGAGGAGCUUGUGGAUCAGUUGGCUGAGAACACGCACAAUUUGUGGGCACGAGAACGCAUCCAACAGGGUUGGACCUACGGUCUGAACGAAGAUUCUGAGAAUCAUCGCAGUCCCCAUCUGGUGCCGUAUGCCAAGGUCGAUGAGGCCAUCAAGAAGGCGAAUCGCGAUACUGCCUCCGAGACGGUGCGUACCCUGUUGGUCUAUGGCUAUGUCCUGGAUCCACCCACUGGAGAGGGCACUGAAGCGCUGCUAGCCGAGGCACAACGCCUGAAAUUCGCCGCAUUCCGGACGUAUCGAGUGGAGCGCAAUUAUGCUGUUACCUCGGGCAAAUGGUAUUUUGAAUUUGAGGUCCUGACGGCGGGUCCAAUGCGCGUUGGCUGGGCUCGCGCCGAUUGCUAUCCGGGAGCGAUGCUGGGCAGCGAGGACACCAGCUGGGCGUUUGAUGGUCACAAUGAAGAGAAAGUCUACGGUGGCAACAGUGAAUCCUUUGGUAAACAGUGUGGACCCGGGGAUAUAGUCGGAGUCUUUUUAGAUCUAGCCGAUCAUACUAUUAGCUUCUCAUUGAACGGAGAACUGCUUAUGGAUGCCCUGGGUGGCGAGACAACAUUUGCCGAUGUCACUGCCGAGGGCGUGGGCUUUGUGCCCGCCUGCACCUUGGGCGUGGGUCAGAAGGCGCGUUUAAUUUACGGUCAAGAUGUGGACUCCCUAAAGUUCUUCACCACGUGUGGUCUACAGGAAGGUUACGAGCCAUUCUGUGUCAAUAUGCGACGCCCAGUUACGCAUUGGUACACAAAAGAUCAGCCUAUAUUUGAGAACACCGAGGAAAUGCCCGAUUGCCGCAUUGAUGUGACGCGUAUUCCUGGUGGUGCCGAUACUCCGCCUCAUUUGAAAAUCUCGCAUAACACGUUUGAGACAAUGGAAAAAGCGAACUGGGAAUUCCUGCGUCUCUCCCUGCCUGUUACUUGCAUGAGUGACUUCAUCAGCGAACAGGAGAAGGCGAGGCGCUGGGAAGAAAUCAAAAUUCGCCAAUACCGCUUAAUGCGAGAAGCACAAGAGGCGGCAGCACAAAUGCAAACCCAAACAGUGGCACAUAUGGAUCACAUGCUCAAGGGCGGCUUCAACAUGAACGACAUCAAGGGUUUGACACGCAAUUUCGAUGACCACGCCGAGGCAGAGGCAGAGCAUAUGAUGCGUGUGCCCUCGCGACCAUCACGCAAAGGCUCCUUGACGCGUAAUAUAACCUUUGAGUCCGAUAUGACGGCUGCAUUAGAUGAGAUGCAGCGCUCGUCUUCGGUGUUGGAUAUAAAUGGCUUGGGGGAUGAAUUGGAUGACAAAAAGAAACGUGGUCGUAGUCCAUUCAAGUUCUUUUCGAAGAAAUCCCGCGAUCAGAGCCGUGAGAAAAAUGGAGCAAGAACUGCAGAUGCGUCGCUAGAACGCAGAAAUACGGUAGCCCAUGGCAGGAACGUGGUUAACCAGCAGAUGACAACACGAACACCAACGCUACGACUAAAUAAUGUGAGUAGAAGAAGACUUUUAUUCCAUACAAACAGUUUAUGUAUAAACUUACUUCAGGCCGAAAUACCACCCAGCCCAGUGCCUCAGGGUCCAAAGCAGUUGAGCUCAUCGAACUUGGGCCAGCCGCCCGUGGAAUCAUCUGGAAAUGAAAUGUUCGAUGCCGAGUGCCUUAAGCUGAUCAACGAAUACUUUUAUGGUGUGCGCAUUUUCCCUGGUCAGGAUCCCACCCAUGUUUACGUGGGCUGGGUGACCACCCAAUAUCAUCUGCACAGUCGCGAGUUCAAUAAGAGCAAGGUGCGACGGGGCUCGGUAUACAUUGAAGAUUACUAUGAAGUGCCCAUCGAGCGCAUAGAUCGUCAGAGCUGUUACGUAGUACGCGCGGAUGAGCUCUUCAACGAGGUAACGCAAGAUGCUUCGGGCAAAGGUGCGUCGCAGGGCAUGUUUGUAGGCUGUUUUGUGGACACAGCAACAGGCAUCAUACGGUUCACUUGCGAGGGCAAGGAUACCUCACAUCGCUGGAUGAUGGAACCGGAUACGAAAUUAUUUCCAGCCAUUUUCGUUGAAGCCACCAGCAAGGAGAUCCUUCAAAUUGAGCUCGGUCGAACACCAACUACGCUACCCCUGUCGGCAGCCGUGCUGCCCACCAGCGACAAGCACAUUAAUCCACAAUCGCCACCUCGAUUGAAGGUGCAGUGCCUGCGGCCACAUCAGUGGGCACGUGUUCCCAACACAUCGUUACAGGUGCAUGCGCUCAAGCUCUCGGACAUACGUGGCUGGUCGAUGCUCUGCGAAGAUCCAAUCUCAAUGCUAGCGCUACACAUACCCGAGGAGGAUCGUUGCAUCGACAUAUUGGAGCUUAUCGAAAUGGAUAAGCUGCUCUCCUUUCAUGCGCACACGCUCACGCUCUAUGCCGCGCUCUGCUAUCAGUCAAACUAUCGGGCUGCACAUGCACUUUGCCAGCAUGUCGAUCAGAAGCAGCUGCUUUAUGCCAUACGCUCGGAGUACAUGAGUGGACCGCUGCGUCAAGGUUUCUAUGAUCUACUCAUAGCCCUGCAUCUGGAGUCGCAUGCCACCACAAUGGAGGUAUGCAAAAAUGAAUAUAUUACACCCUUGGGUGUUGAACUGAAGGAACUGUACGCUGAAGAUGAAAUGCGUCACUCGCUCCGUUCGCUUGUCACGGAGUCUGUGCGCCCACAGCUGCGCAUGACGGAAAUCACCGAACCGAUACCCAACAUCGAUCAGUUGUACUCCCCGAAGUUCCCAUUAGAAGUAGUCAGAGAAUUUGUAAUGGAAGCUUUAAAGGAUGCUGUGGAAAUAAAUCAAGUGCACAACCGUGAUCCCAUCGGUUGGACCAAUGAGAACCUAUUUUUACCACUUAUUAAGCUUACGGAUCGCCUACUGUUAGUGGGCGUCCUUACUGAUGAGGACGUUCAGAAACUAUUGGUAAUGGUGGACCCAGAGACUUGGGAUGCCACUUUCGAGAAAGAGGGGAAAGACGAGCAUCGCAAAGGCCUGCUCACCAUGAAAAUGGCUGAGGGAGCCAAACUACAAAUGUGCUACCUGUUGCACCAUCUGUAUGAUACUCAACUUCGGCAUCGGGUGGAGAGCAUAAUUGCGUUCUCACACGAUUUUGUGGGCGAUCUACAAACCGAUCAGUUGCGCCGUUAUAUCGAGAUUAAACAAUCCGAUUUGCCAAGUGCUGUUGCGGCCAAAAAGACUAAGGAAUUCCGUUGUCCACCCCGAGAACAAAUGAACCAGAUUCUGUGCUUUAAGAAUCUUGAGGUUGACGAUCAGGACAACUGCACCUGUGGUCUUGAGUUGCGCAGUCGCCUAAGCGAAUUCCACGACUGUCUAAUGCAAAAGGUGUCGCUGAAUGCGCUGCAGGAGCCUGAUGGUACCGAGAGCAAUGCAAUCGAAGAAAUCAAAACUGGCCCCAUAACGAAAAUCUAUAAUUUUAUCAAUACCGUCAAGGAAUUAGAAGAGGGACCCAAAGAAGUGGAGGAGCCUGAGAAAAAGACACCUGAAGAGAUUUUCCGCAAAGUCCUAAUUAAAACCAUCGUCAGCUGGGCUGAAGAAUCGCAAAUAGAGAAUCCAAAAUUAGUGCGCGAGAUGUUCAGUUUACUAGUACGGCAAUACGAUACGGUCGGUGAGCUGGUAAGAGCUCUGGAGAAGACCUAUGUGAUUAACAACCGAGCACGGGAUGAUGUCGCUGAGAUGUGGGUUGGCUUGAGCCAGAUUCGUGCAUUGCUGCCCGUCCAAAUGAGCCAGGAAGAGGAGGAGCUUAUGCGUAAGCGUCUCUGGAAAUUGGUCAACAAUGCCACAUUCUUCCAGCAUCCAGAUUUGAUACGCAUUCUGCGCGUUCAUGAAAACGUCAUGGCCGUCAUGAUGAAUACUCUAGGCCGCCGUGCUCAAGCCCAGAGUGAUGCCCCCACCCAGACCGAGGGGGCCGAGGGUGUUCCUUCCAAGGAGAAAGACACAUCACACGAAAUGGUCGUGGCCUGCUGCCGCUUCCUCUGUUACUUUUGCCGUACCGGCCGUCAAAACCAAAAGGCCAUGUUCGAUCAUUUUGACUUUCUGCUGGACAAUGCGAAUAUAUUGUUAGCCAGACCCAGUCUGCGUGGUUCCACACCAUUGGAUGUGGCAUAUUCGAGUUUGAUGGAGAACACAGAAUUAGCUCUGGCACUUAGGGAGCACUAUUUGGAGAAAAUUGCCGUUUAUCUAUCCAGAUGUGGCCUGCAAAGCAAUUCGGAGCUUGUUGAAAAGGGCUACCCCGAUUUGGGCUGGGAUCCAGUCGAGGGUGAACGAUAUCUGGACUUUUUGCGUUAUUGCGUUUGGGUCAACGGCGAGAGUGUCGAGGAGAAUGCUAACCUUGUCAUUCGUCUUCUUAUCCGUCGUCCAGAAUGUUUGGGACCGGCUCUAAGAGGAGAAGGAGAAGGUCUCUUCCGGGCAAUCGUCGAGGCCAAUCGUAUGUCGGAGCGCAUAUCAGAUCGUUGUAAAAUGCAAGACGAAGCCGAAGGCACCAUAGCCGGACUUAAUUUUACACAUCCGUUGCCCGAAGGCGAUGAAGACGAGGACUACAUCGAUACCGGUGCCGCCAUAUUGAACUUCUAUUGUACGCUUGUUGACCUGCUGGGAAGAUGCGCUCCAGACGUGUCUGUCAUCGAGCAAGGCAAGAACGAAUCACUGAGAGCUAGAGCUAUUUUGAGAUCUCUUGUGCCACUGGAAGACCUUCAGGGUGUGCUCAGCUUAAAGUUUACGCUCACACAAACUGCUCCCGGGGAGGAGCGUCCGAAAUCGGAUAUGCCCUCAGGCCUCUUACCCAAUAACAAGCAGAGCAUAGUGUUAUUUUUGGAACGUGUAUAUGGCAUCGAAACGCAAGAUCUUUUCUAUCGGCUGCUGGAAGAUGCAUUUUUGCCGGAUCUGCGUACUGCCACUAUUUUGGAUAAGAGUGAUGGUUCCGAAAGCGACAUGGCCUUGGCCAUGAAUCGCUAUAUCGGCAACUCCAUUUUGCCAUUGCUUAUCAAGCACUCAAAGUUCUAUAACGAGGCUGAAAACUAUGCCAGCCUCUUGGAUGCCACACUGCACACGGUCUAUAGGUUAUCCAAGAACCGUAUGCUAACCAAGGGGCAGCGUGAGGCAGUAUCCGAUUUCCUAGUGGCGUUGACAUCGCAAAUGCAACCUGCCAUGCUUCUGAAGCUAUUGCGCAAGUUGACUGUUGAUGUAUCCAAGCUAUCGGAAUACACGACGGUUGCACUCAGGCUGCUCACACUGCACUUCGAUCGCUGCGCCAAGUACUAUGGCUCGACUCAAGGCCAGGGCUCAUAUGGGGCUUCGUCAGAUGAGGAGAAGCGUUUAACAAUGCUUCUGUUCUCGAACAUUUUUGACUCGCUGAGCAACAUGGACUAUGACCCGGAACUGUUCGGUAAAGCCCUGCCCUGUCUAAUAGCCAUCGGCUGUGCCCUGCCACCAGAUUACAGUCUAUCGAAAAAUACCGACGAGGAUUACUAUGGCAGACAAAUGGGCGCACCCGAUCAACCGCAAUAUGUACCAAAUCCAAUCGAUACCAACAAUGUACAUUUGGACAAUGACUUGAAUUCGUUGGUUCAAAAGUUCAGCGAACAUUAUCACGAUGCUUGGGCCAGUCGCCGAUUGGAAGGUGGCUGGACAUAUGGCGAAGUUCGGUCCGAUAACGACCGCAAGCAUCCACGCCUCAAGCCCUACAAUAUGCUUAGCGAAUAUGAACGUGAGCGCUACCGUGAUCCAGUGCGUGAAUGCCUUAAGGGUCUCCUGGCCAUUGGCUGGACCGUUGAGCAUUCUGAAAUGGAUUUACCACUCAAUCAUCGUGGCUCUACGCGUCGUCAAUCGAAGCCUACAAUUCAUGAUUUUCAGAAUGAGGGCAGCCCCUUCAACUAUAAUCCACAUCCUGUGGACAUGAGCAACUUGACACUAAGCAGAGAAAUGCAGAACAUGGCCGAACGUCUGGCUGAGAACUCACACGACAUAUGGGCGAAGAAGAAGAACGAAGAGCUGAACGGUUGCGGCGGUGUCAUACAUCCACAGUUGGUUCCCUAUGAUUUACUCACGGACAAGGAAAAGAAGAAGGAUCGCGAGCGCUCGCAGGAGUUCCUCAAAUAUAUGCAGUAUCAGGGAUACAAAUUGCACAAGCCCUCCAAGGGUGGCGCUGUUGAGGAAGGAGGUGCCACACAGGCUGCCGUUGAGCUGCGCUUCUCCUAUUCGCUGCUGGAGAAGCUCAUCCAAUAUCUGGACCGUGCGACCAUCAACAUGAAGCUGCUGAAGCCAUCGACCACGUUUAGUCGAAGAACCUCAUUUAAGACGGCAUCGCGAGACAUCAAGUUUUUCUCAAAGGUGGUGCUGCCUCUGAUGGAAAAGUACUUCUCAACCCAUCGCAAUUACUUUAUUGCCAUUGCCACGGCCACAAACAACAUAGGCGCCGCUUCGCUCAAGGAGAAAGAAAUGGUUGCAUCCAUAUUCUGUAAACUAGCCGCAUUGUUGCGCAAUCGUUUGAGCGCUUUUGGACCUGAUGUACGCAUCACUGUGCGCUGCCUGCAGGUGCUUGUCAAGGGCAUUGACGCCAAGACAUUGACCAAAAAUUGUCCCGAAUUUAUUCGCACAUCUAUGCUAACAUUUUUCAAUCAAACGUCCGAUGAUCUGGGCAACACCAUUAUGAAUCUACAGGACGGAAAGUAUAGCCAUCUGCGUGGCACACACCUGAAGACCUCCACAUCGCUGGGCUACGUCAAUCAGGUUGUGCUGCCAGUGCUAACAGCCAUGUUUGACCACUUGGCCGCCUGUGAUUAUGGCAGUGAUCUGCUGCUGGAUGAAAUUCAGGUGGCUUCUUACAAGAUCUUGGCUGCUCUAUACCAUUUGGGCACCGAUGCUACCUUAACGCAUGAUCGAAAGUAUCUAAAAACCGAAAUCGAGCGACAUCGACCUGCUUUGGGCUCGUGUCUGGGCGCUUACAGCUCGUGCUUUCCGGUCGCGUAUCUGGAGCCGCAUCUAAAUAAGCACAAUCAGUACUCCCUGCUGAAUCGCAUUGCUGAUCAUUCGCUGGAGGCACAGGACAUUAUGGUUAAAAUGGAAAGCUGUAUGCCCAAUUUGGAGGCGAUACUGAGUGAAGUGGACCAAUUCGUCGAGUCGGAUAAGACUUACAAUGAUGCGCCGCAUAUUAUUGAUGUCAUACUUCCGCUGUUAUGCGCCUAUCUGCCGUUCUGGUGGUCCCAGGGCCCCGACAACGUGAGUCCAACUAGUGGCAACCAUGUGACCAUGGUCACAGCAGAUCACAUGAAUUCGCUGUUGCGCAAUGUGCUCAAAAUGAUCAAGAAAAAUAUUGGCAACGACAAUGCGCCCUGGAUGACGCGCAUUGCGGCGUACACGCAGCAGAUAAUCAUCAAUACAUCUGAGGAACUACUGAAGGAUCCAUUCCUGCCGCUGGCCGAGCGCGUCAAGAAGCGUACCGAAAAUAUGCUUCAUAAGGAGGAAAGCAUGCGGGGCUUUAUCAAGUCAGCUACCGAUGAUACCUCGCAAGUUGAGACGCAGCUUCAAGAGGAUUGGAAUCUGCUAGUCCGCGAUAUAUACUCGUUCUAUCCGCUACUCAUCAAGUACGUGGACUUGCAGCGCAACCAUUGGCUAAAGGAUAACAUUCCAGAAGCCGAAGAGCUUUACAAUCACGUUGCAGAAAUCUUCAAUAUCUGGUCGAAGAGCCAAUACUUCUUGAAGGAGGAACAGAACUUUAUAUCAGCUAAUGAAAUUGACAACAUGGCCUUAAUAAUGCCCACGGCCACACGACGCUCGGCCAUUUCGGAGGGCGUGCCGGCAGUGGGCGGCAAGGUGAAAAAGAAGAAAAAGAACAGGGAUAAGAAACGCGACAAGGACAAGGAGGUGCAGGCAAGUCUGAUGGUCGCCUGCCUGAAGCGUUUACUGCCCGUUGGACUUAAUCUAUUCGCGGGACGAGAACAAGAGCUGGUCCAGCACUGCAAGGACAGAUAUUUGAAAAAGAUGCCCGAAUAUGAUGUCAUAGAAUUUGCACGCAAUCAACUAACGCUACCCGACAAACUGGAUCCCUCGGAUGAGAUGUCCUGGCAGCACUAUCUAUACUCGAAACUGGGCAAAACGGAAGAGAUCGUCGAUGAGCAGGCACUGGAGAAGGUUAACACCAAUUCAAAUGAGAAGGGUAAAGACAAGACAACAGAGACCGUCGAUCGCAUUGUGGCCAUGGCAAAGGUGUUAUUUGGCCUGCAUAUGAUCGACCAUCCACAACAGCAGAGCAAAAAUGUCUACAGGAGCGUUGUAUCGAUCCAAAGGAAGCGUGCCGUCAUUGCAUGUUUCCGUCAGACAUCGCUACAUUCUCUACCCAGACAUCGUGCCUGCAAUAUCUUUGCACGCACCUACUACGAGCAAUGGCUGCAGGAGGAAAACGUCGGCCAGGAGGUGAUGAUUGAGGAUCUGACUCAGACAUUCGAGGAGUCUGAAAAGUCCAAAAAAGAUGAAGAAGAAGCUGACGGUAAGCCGGAUCCAUUGACCCAGCUGGUGACCACCUUCUGCCGCGGUGCCAUGACGGAGCGCAGUGGUGCCCUACAAGAGGACUUGCUGUAUAUGUCGUAUGCGCAAAUAGCGGCAAAAUCCUGCGGCGAAGAAGAAGAGGAGGGCGGUGAGGACGGCGAAGCCGGCGAAGGCGGCGAGGAGGGCGAAGGCACAAGUAUUCAUUGUCGCAUGUCCCAUUUAAUGGAACAAGAAAUGGAGAAACAGAAGUUGCUAUUCCAUCAAGCGCGUCUGUCGAAUCGUGGCGUUGCCGAAAUGGUGCUGUUGCACAUAUCCGCCUCCAAAGGUAUACCUUCGGAGAUGGUCAUGACGACACUCAAUUUGGGCAUCGCCAUAUUGCGUGGCGGAAACAUUGAUAUACAGAUGGGCAUGCUGAAUCAUUUGAAGGAGAAGAAGGAUGUGGGCUUCUUCACAUCCAUCGCCGGGCUGAUGAACUCGUGCAGCGUGCUGGACUUGGACGCGUUUGAGCGCAACACGAAAGCCGAGGAGUAUAUUCCAAGUGCGGGUGCAGGUCUUGGUGUCGGCUCGGAGGGCGCUGCGGGUGAGAAGAAUAUGCACGAUGCCGAAUUCACGUGUGCUCUCUUCCGGUUCAUCCAACUCACCUGUGAGGGACACAAUUUGGAAUGGCAGAACUAUUUGCGCACACAAGCGGGAAACACGACCACGGUCAAUGUGGUAAUUUGCACUGUGGAUUAUUUGCUGCGUCUACAGGAAUCGAUCAUGGACUUUUACUGGCACUAUUCCAGUAAGGAAAUCAUUGAUCCUGCUGGCAAAGCGAACUUUUUCAAGGCCAUCGGAGUGGCAAGUCAAGUGUUUAAUACCCUCACUGAAGUCAUACAGGGUCCAUGUACUUUGAAUCAGCAAGCCUUGGCCCAUUCCAGAUUAUGGGAUGCUGUUGGUGGAUUCCUAUUUCUGUUUUCUCACAUGCAGGACAAACUCUCAAAGCAUUCGAGUCAAGUGGACUUGCUGAAAGAGCUGCUUAAUCUACAAAAGGAUAUGAUCACCAUGAUGUUGUCCAUGCUGGAAGGCAACGUAGUAAAUGGCACUAUUGGCAAGCAGAUGGUGGAUACCCUUGUUGAGUCUGCAGGCAAUGUUGAACUGAUUCUUAAGUAUUUCGACAUGUUCCUGAAAUUGGCCGACUUGAUUGAGUCGCCCAGUUUCCAUGAGAUAGAUAUGAAGAACGAAGGCUGGGUUAUACCCAAAGAUUUCAGAGAGAAAAUGGAGCAAUCCAAGAACUACACACCGGAAGAAAUGGAUUUCCUUUUGGCCUGCUGUGAACGCAAUCACGAAGGUAAAAUUGACUAUAGAGCCUUUGUCGAACGUUUCCACGAGCCAUCAAAGGAGAUCGGUUUCAACCUGGCUGUGCUGCUGACCAACCUAAGCGAACACAUGCCCAAUGAGCCGCGUCUGGCGCGAUUCCUAGAGACGGCUGGUUCUGUGCUGAACUACUUUGAGCCGUUCUUGGGUCGCAUCGAGAUAUUGGGCAGCUCGAAGCGUAUUGAACGUGUAUACUUUGAGAUCAAGGACUCCAAUAUCGAGCAAUGGGAGAAGCCGCAGAUUCGCGAAUCAAAACGAGCCUUCUUCUAUUCCAUUGUGACCGAGGGAGGCGAUAAGGAGAAACUAGAAGCGUUUGUUAACUUCUGUGAGGACGCGAUCUUUGAAAUGACCCAUGCCUCCGGACUGAUGGCAACGGACGAUGGUGGCAGCAAUGUGAAGCGUGAUACCGCCUAUAGUUCCUAUAUGAGUGAAGAGGAGGAGGAGCGUGCCGCUCGCGAUCCCAUCAGACGCACAAUUACCGCAGUAAAGGAGGGUCUUAAGUUCGGAGUGCACAUGCUGAGUCCAUCGAACAUCAAACAUCAAAUCGGAGUUAUGCAAACCAAAUCUAUACCUGAGCUGAUUGUUGGUUUCUUCAAGAUCAUAUUCUAUAUGUUCUACUACACGGGCUAUGCACAUUACUGUGUAGUCCGCUAUAUCUUUGGUAUUCUUUUGAAUUUGAUGCGCGGUCCCGCACCAGAGCAGGAGGAGGAAGAAGCUGUUGUUGAAGAGGAAACAUUUGGACGUGCGCUGCCACCGUUGCCAUUGGAAGAGCCGCCGGGCACUGUUCAGGCCUUUGGCCUGGACAUAAACAAGGAGGAAAACGGCAUGUAUAAGGUGGUGGUGCACGAGUCUCCAGCGGGCUCUUCUGUUGAAGAGGGCGGUGAAUCCAGUCCAGAAGAUGGCGCAGCUGCUACUGCUGAACUUAUCGAGGGCGAACCAUAUCAGGAGCCCAUUUCGAUCGUUGAUCUGCUGGGCGGUGAGGCCGCUAAGAAAGCGGCUCAGGAGCGUCAGGAGGCACAGAAGGCCCAAGAGGCAGCCAUGGCCUCCAUCGAGGCGGAGGCUAAGAAGUCAUCGGCAGCACCACAGGAGACACCAGCUGUGCACCAGAUUGACUUCUCCCAGUAUACGCACCGCGCCGUCAGCUUUUUGGCCCGAAACUUUUACAAUUUGAAAUAUGUUGCCCUGGUUUUGGCCUUCAGCAUUAAUUUCAUGUUGCUCUUCUAUAAGGUUACCUCGUACCCCGAGGAAUCCGAUGGAUCUGGUGAGGAUGAACUUAUUCUAGGAUCGGGCUCGGGUGGUGGUGCAGACGUAGCUGGCUCUGGCCUGGGUGGUUCGGGUGAUGGUGGCUCUGGCGAUGGCGAUUUUGAUGAGGACGAUAUACCGGAACUUGUGCAUGUGGAUGAGGACUUCUUCUACAUGGAGCACGUUUUACGAAUAGCCGCAUUGCUCCACUCCCUUGUGUCAUUGGCCAUGCUGAUCGCCUACUACCAUUUGAAGGUACCGCUGGCCAUAUUCAAGCGGGAGAAGGAAAUCGCACGACGUUUGGAAUUUGAUGGUCUAUUCAUUGCCGAACAGCCGGAGGAUGAUGAUUUCAAGUCGCAUUGGGACAAGCUGGUCAUCUCGGCCAAAAGCUUUCCGGUCAACUAUUGGGACAAGUUUGUGAAAAAGAAGGUGCGCCAAAAGUACAGUGAAACCUAUGAUUUCGAUUCAAUCUCCAACUUGCUGGGUAUGGAAAAGAGCGCAUUUACCGCACAGGAGAGCGAGGAGACGGGCAUCUUAAGGUACAUCAUGAACAUCGACUGGCGCUACCAAGUGUGGAAAGCCGGCGUUACCUUCACCGACAACGCUUUCCUCUACUCCUUGUGGUACUUUAGUUUCUCGGUGAUGGGCAACUUUAACAACUUCUUCUUUGCGGCCCAUUUGCUGGAUGUGGCUGUCGGCUUUAAGACCCUGCGUACCAUUCUACAAUCUGUCACCCACAAUGGCAAACAGCUGGUACUGACAGUCAUGCUCCUCACGAUUAUAGUGUAUAUAUAUACGGUAAUUGCGUUCAACUUCUUCCGCAAGUUCUACAUACAGGAGGAGGACGAGGAAGUGGACAAAAAGUGUCAUGACAUGUUGACCUGCUUCGUGUUUCAUUUGUACAAGGGCGUGCGAGCAGGCGGUGGCAUUGGUGAUGAAAUUGGCGAUCCGGAUGGGGAUGAUUAUGAGGUUUAUCGCAUUAUCUUCGACAUCACAUUCUUCUUCUUCGUUAUUGUUAUCCUGUUGGCCAUCAUCCAGGGUUUGAUUAUCGACGCAUUUGGCGAGCUGCGUGAUCAAUUGGAGUCGGUCAAAGAUAAUAUGGAGUCCAAUUGCUUUAUAUGCGGCAUGGGCAAGGACUUCUUUGAUAUAGUGCCGCACGGCUUUGAUACCCAUGUUCAGAAAGAGCACAAUCUGGCCAACUAUAUGUUCUUCCUGAUGCAUUUGAUUAAUAAACCGGACACGGAGUAUACCGGCCAGGAGACAUACGUCUGGAAUAUGUACCAGCAGCGCAGCUGGGACUUCUUCCCGGUCGGCGACUGUUUCCGCAAGCAAUACGAGGAUGAGCUCUCUGGCGGCGGUGGUGGUGGAGGCUAGCUCCCCAUAGUCUAGAUUCUCUCAUUUUUCAUUGAAAACAAUUUAUAAUGGUUGAUAACGAUAUGAUAAUGAUGCUUGUUUCAAUUCUUUUUUUGCUAUGUCAAUAAUUUUAAUAUAAUCUAAGUACUUAUACAUAUGUAUGGAUAUUUUGCAUAUAUAUGGACGGAUGGAUGUUGAUGAUUCUAGCAUGUACAGUUAGAAUGCUCCUAACUCAAAUAAAUAAAUCGAU